CGAGCAAACUCCACCCAGCACACACACACACGCACACGACCUGAGAACCUGUGGCAGCGUGGUCGGCUGCGUGGAGAGAAAAGUUGCGUGGGUCAAAGUCCAUCAGUGGACUUUUCGAAGACAUGCAGCAAACAUGGCCGCGGUAGCUGCGAGGGAACUUCCGUCCGAAAGUGACUUUCUGGAGGUUCUGGUGCGGGAUCGCUGGCACAAAGUUUGGGCGCACUUGAACGAGGAGGCGCUGACGUUAAGCUGCGACGAGAACGACACCAAUGGCGUCACCGCCAACGGAUCCUACCUCGACAACAACAACUCCAACAACGGUCCGACAAGUGCGCGUGCCGCACACCUGGACCAGCACGAGCCGGUACCGGAGAGCAUCGCGAACAGGAAGCGCUACGUCAAGGUGACCAAGCAGGACGUCGGCGGACUGGGGAUCAGUAUCAAAGGAGGCAGGGAGAAUAAGAUGCCGAUACUGAUCAGUAAGAUCUUCAAAGGGCUGGCCGCCGACCAGACCCAGGCGCUGUACGUCGGAGACGCCAUCCUGUCCGUCGGUGGUGUCAACCUGAGGGACGCGACCCACGACGAGGCGGUGCAGGCGCUCAAACGGGCCGGGAAAGACGUGACUCUGGAAGUCAAGUACAUGCGAGAGGCAACGCCGUACGUCAAAAAGGGUUCACCGGUGUCAGAAAUCGGAUGGGAAACGCCCCCACCAGAGUCCCCACGUUUCAGCAGCACUCCCAUCAUCUCUCCGACCGCCUCCCCCUUAGCUCAGAGCUCUCCUCUUCAGCCGCCCCUGUCCCUGCAGGGCGACCGGCGAUGCUUUCCGCUCAGGAUGUGUUACGUAACCCGAGCCAUGACCACAGCAGACCCAGACAACAGACAAGUGGAGCUGCACUCCCCUGAUGCCAGACACACUGUGGUGCUGCGCUGUCCAGACCAACCAUCUGCCCUCACUUGGUUCUCCGCCAUGCAUGCUGUCACAUCCACACUGGCCCAGCGGGCACUGGCUGAGGUCAUCCAUCACAAAACGAGGUCAGGGGUUGCUGGCAGCAAAGAGAUAAGACAUCUGGGAUGGCUAGCUGGGAAGCAAAGUGAGAGUGAGAAGCAGUGCUGGAAGCCUGUGCUGGUGGUGAUGACAGAGAAAGACCUGCUGCUCUACGACAGCCUGCCACCAAGCACUGAUGCCUGGCAGAGCCCAGCACACACGUAUCCACUUCUCGCCACGCGUCUGGUGCACUCCGGGCCUGACAGAGGUUCUCCUUUCUCGGGCACCGAGCUCUUCUUUGCCACUCGGACCGGCACACGUCUCGGCAUAGAGACUCAUCUUUUCCGAGCCGAAACCAGCAAGGAUUUAUCGCUGUGGAGUCGACGAAUAGUCAACGGAUGUCACUCUUCAGCUGAGAUGAUCAAAGAAGUCAGUACCAGUUGCCUUUACCUGGGCCAGGAGUGCCGCCUGGUGAUCCACUAUGAGCACGGCAUCUCUGUGGUGGCUCCACCCAAAGUCCAAGAUGGUGAGAGCAGGAAGGAGGCGGGAUCUCACACACCUACGGAAAACCGAGCGCUCUUGUCCUACCCCUAUGAAAAACUGAGGAUGUCAUCAGACGAUGGAGUUCGGAUGAUAUCCCUUGACUUUGGAGGAAAAGAGGGGGAGAUCCAACUGGACCUUCACUCAUGUCCAAAGCCAAUCGUCUUCAUCCUCCACUCCUUCCUCUCAGCUAAAAUCUCCCGACUGGGCUUAGUGGCCUGACUAUAACCCCAAACGACUGGGCUUAGUGGCCUGACUAUAACCCCAAACGACUGGGCUUAGUGGCCUGACCGCAACCCCAAACGACUGGGCUUAGUGGCCUGACUGCAACCCCAAAACGGAUGUUGGACAUCCGCAUCUGUGCAGUUCGACCCCUCUAAGUCUGAGACCCAGGCUGAAUGUAGCAGCUUUCUCUUCUGAAACCACCAGUCAAGAUAACAACCAGAUGUUUGCUACAAACUGGACCAUAAAGUGAGGAAUGCACACAACAACUAGGCAUUACUGACAUUCACUACAAAGAUUCACUGUAAUUUCACUUGAUGAUUCCUUUCUUUCUGUUAAUUUAUUCACUAUCAUCUCUGUGAGAACCCUAGUGUGUAAAAACUAUUGUUAGCAAUGUUAGCAUCAACCACACUGGCUCUGAUUAUACGACAACAAAAUGCAAAUCCACAUUAAGUAAUUUCUUCAAAAUCAUUCGGAAACCAUUUGUGCUAUUACAUUAUUAAGUCUAAUUAUAAUUUUGUAGCUUUAACUACUGGCUAGUAUUAGCUAACUAAUGACCACAAGAACACAAUAGCAACUCAGAAAGCUUGCAUGCUGAAUCCAGCUCUACAGUAAUGAUUAAAAAAAGUAUAUAUGUUUAAGACUAAGACUAUUUCACCCAGAUUACAAGCACAACUGACUAAUAUUUGUAUAGCUUUACAGUUUCUGCAAUACACCGAUAUGUUGCUAAGCUAAGCCAAUGCUAAGGACUUUGGCCCUUUUGUAGCACUUCAUUAUCUAUACAGGUCAUACAUUUCAAAUGAUCAUUUGAAAAGUUUAUAAUUAAUGAUUUAACUGUUUCUGACCAUGAACUCUAUGUUUCACCUGGAAAAGAGACCCUACCAUUUAGCUAAUUGUUGUCACUACUAAUAAAUGAUCUUUUUUGGUUACAGUGGAACCUCCAACGUCAAACAGAAUCAACUUCUUUGAUUGUCAAACCUUUCUGUUCCAUAGGAAAUAACUCAUUCAAGGCUCAAAUGGUCGACAUAAUGAAAUAUUGAUUUAUUGUUCGUUUGAACUUUUUUUGACUGACAAGUUUAAAGAUAAUUCAACUACUGCAAAGUCAUUCUGAAAUAAAGUGCUUACCCUAUUGAAGACGAGACAUGUACUGCAGAGGUAACAGGAAGGGGUUUGCAGAGUGAUUCCUACACCUGGUGGUGUUUUCUAGGUACUGCUGAAUUGAAUGAAAGUCAGCUCAAAAACAGGUACAGUAUCGCGCUGAUUCAUCAGUAUGUAAGGUAGAAGAAAUCCAUACUCAAGAUGGCAUAAGCAUAUAAAUAUGGGUAUGUAUUUGACAUUUCAAUAAUUGAAUCACUCCUACAACUCAAUCAUUUGUCACAUGUCUGCUUUUUAUGGUUAAAGUUAAAGUACCACUGAUAGUCACACACACACUAGGUGUGGUGAAAUUAUUCUCUGCAUUUGACCCAUCCCCUUGAUCACCCCCUGGGAGGUGAGGUGAGGGGAGCAGUGAGCAGCAGCGGUGGCCGCGCCCGGGAAUCCUUUUGGUGAUUUAGCUCCCAAUUCCAACCCUUGAUGCUGAGUGCCAAGCAGGGAGGUAAUGGGUCCCAUUUUUUAUAGUCUUUGGUAUUGUUAUCACAUUUGUCCUUUUGACCAUCAUCUGUACCCUUUUGUGGUGGCGUCAUAAAAAAAUCAAAAAGCCAAAGAAUAAGCCUAACACACUUAUUGCAUUAUUCCUUACUAUGUUUCCAUCAACUCAUAGUAAAGCUGAGGAACGCGGAAGCCACAUUGGAUGUUUCUCGUAAGCUUACAAUAAUAUGCUUUUUGACAAUUUUAUGAGAUACUGAAUUUGUUAUUGUUUUAUUAUUAUUUGUAAGUUACCCAAUAUUUCACUGUGUAGUAAUGAGUUUCACUUUCUAGAUUGAACUACUAAAAUAAAUUCACUUUAAAGAUGUUCAAAUGUAUUUGUAUUUGUUAGUAGUGUCCCGAUUCAAUACUGAUAUCAGAUAUUAGUACAAGCAGUCCUGCAGCACGUUUACUUGUGCAAAACUGGACAACCAGUUGCCAUCUAAAUGUCCUCCAAUAAGCACACAAGGUUGGUAUUUUUGUAGCUUAGUCAUGUGAUUUACAAAAGAUAAACAUGGUAGACUUGCGGCUACUAGGAGCUACACAACAGUUAAGCACACGAAUUAAACAUACAGUAUGUAACCACUGUCCUUAAUUUAUUAACAAUGACAUUUGACAAUAUAAACCAGUAUCAAAUACUCAGGUAUGUGUAUUACUUACACAUACAAAGUCUCCAAGGCAGAAGCGUGCUAGAAUGUAUCCAGUAACAAACGUGUCUGCAUCAUUCAAUUUACCCCAUUGUGACCUUAACUUAUUGAAUUAUUGUGGCCACUAAAUAGAGAGAAAACAUUUUUGCAAAUU